AUAUAAGACAGGGCAUUGUAGCAGGGUGCAACAGAUUCACAAGUUGGUCUAAAACUUGAAGUACCUCAACUCAUUCCAUCUUCGUCCACGAAAACAACCAAUCACGGGACCAUGGUUAUGAUGAAGCUCUCUGCCCUCCUCAUUGCCUAUUUCCUGGUCAUUUGUCAGAUGUACAGCUCACAUGCAGCUCCAGCCAGAACUGGUUUAGAGUCCAUGACAGACCAAGUCACGCUAACUGACUAUGAAGCCCGAAGGCUACUCAACGCCAUCGUCAAGGAGUUUGUUCAAAUGACUUCAGAGGAAUUGGAGCAACAAGCCAAUGAAGGAAAUAGCAGCGUUACAGCACAGAAGCGUGCGUGCAAUACUGCCACAUGUGUCACCCACCGCCUGGCUGACUUCCUGAACAGAUCAGGAGGAAUGGGCAACAGUAACUUCGUCCCUACCAACGUGGGCGCCAAGGCGUUUGGACGAAGAAGGAGAGACAGCCCCAUGACAGCACCUUUGUGAAUGUGUCAACAGGCCUCAGGGAUAUGAGUAUGAGCCCUUUAGUGAGACAACAGUACAUCCUGUCCUGAACCAACUACAGACAUCUGGAAAUGACAACUCUUCACUGUUUAAAAAAAACAGCCUUCAAACUACAGGACUGAUUUCCUGCAUACCUCUUGCAUACUCUGUGUUACCGAUAUUCAUUUUUGCUCUAUGAUCAUGAGGAGAUACAAAAACCUAGAAAACAUUGCAACAAAAAAUAAAGAACAAACUUCUGUUAUGUCUAUUUUCACCAGAUCAAUACCCUGUACAAGCCAGUUGGUUCUGUCCCGUUUUGGCUUAGAGCACAUGUACAGUUUGACCCUGAGUCCCCACCCCUCCUCUCUCCUGUGUCAGCAGCACACUGCAGGGGGGCGGAGACUACAUCAAGCUCCGCCCCCACAAGCUUCCCUGACCAUGGCUGUGUCUUGUGCCUUGAUGUAGACCACUUCUUCACAUUUCAUUAAUUGUACAGUAUGUUUAAAGAGUGAAAGGAAACCGAUUGAAGAAUCUAAAUAUUGUAACAAUUGUGAAUCUAAGCAAGAUUAAAAUGUAUUUUAGAUACAUAUGGGUCGGUGUACUUGUUUUAUUUUGCAAUGAUCUAUCUAAGCCCUUAGAUCACAAUAUCUACUAAGCUAACAUAUGGAAUUGUUUUAAGAUGGUCAUAAAAUGGAUCAUUUAGCCAUUUGAUUUAGAAUUUUAGGAGUCUGUAGGUAUAAAAAAAAAAUAUAUAUAAAAAAAAUAUUUGGUGAAACAUAGAAUUUGGUAUUUACUGCUAUAGCCUAUAGAAAUAGAUUGAAUGCCACAUUUGUAUAUGACAAAACAGAGAGUCAAAAA